CGAAUAUAUUAGUGCUAAGUCUGCGCAGAGUUCUUUUAAGUUUUUGUAUAGGCGUACUUUACGAGUAGGCGAUAAAAACAUGUGGCGCCAAGAGUUUUGGAAAAUACUCCUGCUUUUCGUAUUAAGUAUAGAAUUGUCCGUACAAGUGAAGAAGCAGAAAACCUCUGUUAUCUCCGAUAUCGAUGACGUUAAGGAGUUCAAAAAGCUUCUACGGACUAAAACUAACGUUUUGGUGCUUUUUGUUAAUAAUUUAAAGUCUUCUCAGUCGACUGCAGAUGUUUUUCGAGAGGCGGCGGAUAAUGUUAGAGGUCACGCUACCCUCGUUAUCAUAGAUUGUAAUGGAAGUGAUGCGAAGAAACUAUGCAAAAAGUUCAAAGUCUCCGACAAGCCUUUCUACAUCAAACAUUACAAAGAUGGAGAGUAUCACAAGGACUACGACCGGGGAUUGACAGUCAGUGCCAUGACUAACUUCCUCCGAGAUCCCACUGGUGAUCUUCCAUGGGACGAAGAUCCAAGUGCUGCUGAUAUAUUCCACUUAGCCGAUGGACCGGCUUUGACAAAGUUUUUGAAGAAGGGAGCAGCAACAAACAAGAAGGCAUUGAUUAUGUUCUAUGCCCCAUGGUGUGGAUACUGCAAAUCUAUGAAGCCUGACUAUGUAGCGGCUGCAGCAGAUUUGAAGGGUGAGGCACAGUUGGCAGCGAUCGACGUUGCCAAAUCUGGCAACUCGUUCAUAAGGAAAGUGUAUAAUAUCACUGGCUUCCCGACUCUGCUAUACUUUGAGAAGGGCCAAAUGCGCUUUCCCUAUAACGGUGAAAACAAAAGGGACGCCAUUGUCAAGUUCAUGCGAGACCCCACGCAGCAGCCGGAGACGAAACCCAAGGAGGAUGAGAGCUGGUCACCGGACUCUGAUGUGGUGCAUUUGACAGUGGACACAUUUGAUAAUGUGUUGUCUAAAGCUGAACACGCUCUGGUUGUGUUUUAUGCACCGUGGUGCGGCCACUGCAAACGUAUCAAGCCGGAGUUUGAGAAGGCUGCCACUAAAAUUAAGAAUGAGAAGAUUAACGGCAUACUCGCCGCAGUCGACGCUACUAAGGAGCCAGAUCUGGCGGCGCGGUUUGGGGUGAAAGGAUACCCCACACUGAAAUACUUCAGUAACGGCGAGUAUAAGUACGACGCUGGACACGCCAGACAGGAGGAGCAGAUUGUUAAUUUUAUUAAGACUCCGUCGGAACCUCCGCCCCCGCCGCCGCCGGAGAAGCCCUGGGCGGAGGAGGAGUCCCCCGUGCGACACCUCGACUCCGCCACCUUCAAACCUACCCUGAGGAAGAUCAAACAUGCCAUCGUCAUGUUCUACGCUCCAUGGUGUGGUCAUUGCAAAUCCACAAAGCCGGAAUUCGUGAAAGCGGCCGAGAGUUUCGCGGACGAGCUUAUGGUGGCGUUCGGUGCGGUUGACUGCACGCAGCAUCAGGACGUGUGCGCUAACUACGGGGUGAAAGGAUACCCCACCAUCAAAUACUUCAGCUACUACGACAAAGUUGUGCAGGAUUACAAUGGAGGACGGAAGGAGGCUGAUUUCGUGUCCUACAUCAACUCACUGAUGGGUAAAGCGACUGUCGCACACGACAAGAAGCGCAAAGAGACUGGCUUCAACGACCACGUGAUGUUGGCUGAUGAUGAUGACUUCGACAAGAUCAUCGCGUCUCCAAAACCCACGUUCGUCAUGUUCUACGCUACAUGGUGCGGACACUGUGCAAAGGUUAAGCCGACUUUUAACGACUUAGCCACGAAAUUAGCCGGCAAAUCCGUGAGGGCUUUAGCCGUCGAUGCCUCGGAGAGUGAAAAAAUAGCCGACAGGGAGUCAAUUAAAGGUCUACCUACCUUCAAAAUGUAUGCUUCAGGUAAACUCCUAGCCGAUUACGACGGAGAAAGAACUCUUGAAGGAAUGUUCACUUUUUGUGAGAAAGUACACACACAGAUAAAGGAUGAAUUGUGAUAGGGAUGUCAUGUCGGUCUGUCCGCCAUUUUGAUUUUGCGUUUAUUUGUUUUAUGUUAUAUAUUAUGCUGUGUGUUGUGUGUCUGUCAAACGCCUGGCAGUCACAAGGAUCCACAUAAUACCAGGGAUCGUGGUACAGUUAUCCUGUACCAAGGUCAUUACCUGAGUGGAGUCCUAUUCAACAACUUUUCGCACUGCACUGCCUUAUACCGAAGCACUCAAUCCGUGCCGCACCACAAAAAUAUU